AUGGCAUUGAAUCUUUUUCGUACAAGUUUAUUAACAACGAAUAAUCGUCAAUUAAUAAUUACUAUAAUGAAUAUUCGUACACAUUUUACUAAGACACCUAAUCAUCAUACAAAAGCUAAAUGGAGACCAUUUCGACGAGCAAAAGUUCUAGAUAUUGAUUUACCUGAUUUUGGUAAAGAUCGAAAAUUACGUUCAUAUACAUUACAAGAACAAAGAGAAUAUUUAAAACGUGAAGGUAUUCCUCCUGUUCGUAAUGCUGAAUAUAAACCAUUAUAUAUUGAUGCAUCAACUGAAGCAUUUGAAGCUUAUGUACCACCAGAAGGAGAUGGAAAAGCUACAUUAAUGUCAAAAGAUAGAUUAAAUCAAUUUUAUACAUCAUUAAAAAAAAACAUAGCAACAAGAAAACAUUCAAGUACAAUUCGUAAAUAUGAACCAGAUUUUGAACCAUUAUUAUUUGCUGAAAUAGCUCAACAAAAAUAUAUUGAUGCACAUCAAGCAUUAAUGAAUCGUGAUGAAGAACGUCUUAUUCAAUUAGUAACACCGGGAUCAUUUGCACAAAUGAGUCGUGGUCUUCGUUAUAAAACUUUACAUUGGAAAUGGAUUGAAGAAAUCGAACCAUCUUAUGUUGUUGCAAUAAAAAGUGGAGAAAUUCUUAAAGGUAUGACAAUGGCUCAAAUAACUGUACGAAUGCAUUCAAAACAAACUUGUGCAAUUUAUGAUCGAUUUGGUCGUUUAAUGUUUGGUAAUGAAAUAUUACCAAAAGAUGUUCUUGAAUAUAUUGUUUUUGAACGUGUAUUAACAUUACCACAUAGUCAAUGGCGUGUUCAUUCAAAAAUAUUACCAUCAUGGCUUCCACCAUCAGAUCCAUUAUUAUAUACAUUUGAGAAACCAAUUAUAAAAUAUAUUGAUGAAGCGACGUCAACAGAUACGAUUGAAGAUGAAAAAAAACGAGAACAUAUUGCUAAAGAACAAGAAACAACAACAAAAACAAUACCACCACCAAAUGAAUUAAAAACACCCAUACCAACUCUUACCGAUAUAAGUCAACAUAAUAAAAAAAGAACUGUUGGUUAUACAUAG